GAUGACGCAGAAGUCACAUGACGCUGUCUCAUGCUAUAACAAAUUGUAAAUCUCCCUGUUUUUAAUGUCCAAUCUCCACAACACACAAUCCAACCUACACUCGCCAUUCAGCCGAAGUUUAAACAGAUAAGAGUGUGGGAUCCGACUACUGGGCGCCAAACAGAGAAACUGGGUCAACCGAGCAGCUCCAGAUGGAGGUAGAGGGGAUAGAAGACGAAGGACCUUCGUCCCAGAGUGAACUUCCAGAUCUCCAAGCAGCACAGCAGCAGCAGCAGCAGCCAGAUGUUCACAGCUCCAUGCUUGUAGAGAAUGUCUACGUGGAUCACAAAGCAGUGGACAAACUGACAGAGGGGUUCCUUUCCCACUACCUACCAGACCUACAGAACUCUAAACGAUCCCUGCAGGAGCUCACACAAAAUCAGCUGAUACUGUUGGACACCCUGGAUCAAGAAGUCACCAAGUUCAGAGAGUGCAACACCUUGCUGGAUCUCAACUCGCUGUUUACAGAAGCCAAAGUUUAUCAGAAUAAACUAGUCAACAUCAGAAAAGAGAUGAUCAUGCUUCAUGAAAAAACGACUAAACUAAAGAAAAGAGCUUUGAAGCUGCAGCAGCAGAAGCAGAAGGAGCUGCUGGAGAAGGAGCAGCAGCGUGAGCGGGAGCUCGAGAGGGAGAGGCAGCUCAUCGCCAAACCGGCAAAGAGAACGUAACGCCGCCAUCCAUGUCUGCUGUAUUACAGAACCACUCCGAGGGGCUCUUAGUGUUUACCGCAUAUCUCCAAUCAAUCGCUCAAACUUUAACCAUUUUCCAAAGUGCAAAUUAGAUAAUCAGACGAGUAACAUAAGCCAGCUAAUAUUAGUUCCUGGUUUGGUUUUUGAAGGAUGCCUUUGAUUCAAUUUUAACCUUCCAAAUAUUAUUAUUAGUUAUUAUUUAUACUUAAUGACGUCCUCAUAUGUUAUGGUAACUGUGAUUCCCCAUCUCUAGUAAAUGUUCUAACAGUUAGUUUCUCCUUGAAGCUGCAUCUGAAGACAAAGGAUAUUAAAUGUAAGGUCGGUUCCUCUGCCUGGCAGUGAACCCUGCACCACUGAAAAGCCUGUUUAUAUCCAUCUAAAUGAUGCAUUAUUUCUAAGGGAAUAAAAUGUGUUGGUGGGUUAAGAAGGAGACUUAAUUAUAUGGUUCAUGCACAUGCAAAGCUGCUACAAAGUGAGAGUUCUCAGAGAUCUACACUGUCCUUCUCAGUGCUGACCUCUACCCCGGUUGACCACUUAGAGGAUCCAAUGUGGUUCGCAUCAGAGCGACCAACAUACGUUGAGGAAUGGGCCGUCAUCCCGUAGCAGCGUGCCCAAGCUUGUGACCACAGAUGAUAUGGAUGGCUCUAAAACUCCAUGAAAACAUGAAUUUUGCUUACAAAUGUGGCAACAUUUAAGAGGAAAUAAAAAAAGAAAAAUCUUUCCCAGAAUAUGAAGAAAGGACAAUUGGUCCAACUAAGAAAUAGUCAGACACAAAGUUUUGCCUAAUUUUUAUGCUUUGUGUGUUUUUUUUCUUAAUUUAAAUACCUCGUCAACAUCUUCUCAGAUUCCCAGUCAUCAACCAAAAGUACCGCAGCACAAACCCACACUGAAGAUGUUGUCAUGGAAAAUCAGUGAACCCUAAACACCGCCUCUAGCUGCAGUUCUCUAAAAGCAAGCUUAGGAGAUUGUUAGUGAAGAUUGUUUCACUUCUCUAAUCUUUUUCAUUUUUAGUUUUUGCUGUGAGGCCAGAUAAACUUCCUCCUUGUCCAGCCUUAUCUGAUAUGCUUCCACUUCAUUCAAAGUUGCUCCGUCUGUUCAGUUAAUGCUGCAGUUUAAUGGAAUCCAAUAUAAACACACCAAUGCUUUGCCGGAACGUCCUGCUAUUAAAUGUUUCCUAGUUUUUGCUGAAACAGUCUGAAUUACAUCAUAUUUAUUACCCAGAAAAACAGAACGUCUAAGAUUUGUAAGUAAAUGUCCUUUUAUAGUAUGAAAAAUAAUUUAAGAAAGAUUAAAUUUAUCUUUAUUUUUAGUGGUGUGAAUAGUUAGGGGAACAGUUAGGUGGCGAGAUGAAAGGAAGCUUUAUUUGGAGCCUUUUUACAGCUGUUUAUCUGAGCCUUUUUACAAUCACUUAAAUGCCUACUUCCUUUCUUUUAUUUUUCUGUCUAAAAUAUGAAUUUUUCCUUUUGAUUAUACAUCUGAUCCAACAGAAAAAGCUUUGCUAAUCAGACUAGUCUUAGAACUGUGUAUUUAAGCCCCACAGCUUCCGUCUGUUCAGUGUGCUUUGGAAAAUGGUUUCCUUGAUAAACACUCAAAGGUAGGAGUAGAUCAAAAGCUUGCAGAACAUUACGUUUGGUUCAUUCUGUCGAUUCUGACUCGACUAAGAACAACUUGAACCAAAGACGCUGUUUGAACUCUGAUACUUUGGUUUUUUUUAAUCUCCCUGAGAGCAGAACAAAUCAUCUGUUGCCAUUUUUACAGAUACGUCUUGGAGAAAUGUUUUAAUAAGUGUUUUUUUUUUUCCUUGGGCUGCAUUUGUGUUGAAUGUUACAAAAUAAGUGUAAGCCUUUUUUUCUGCACUAAAUCUGUCUGAGGGUUGUGUGCUUUGGUAGUAGAUGGUAAAAUGUACAAAGCUGUAAACAUUACCUGCCAAACUCAAUGUUUGUUUGUUUUUUUCUUAAACCCUUCUAUGCACUAGUUAUGUCUGAAAUUCCAGAGUUUGUAGCUCAGUGGUCUCAAACUCUAUAAUUAUUAGGGCCGGUGUGCUACGACUUUAAAUUUGUCCCUCUUCCGAUGCACCUGCAUCAGAUGCCUAAACUACCUCACUAGCAUGCAGUCCAGCUAUGUAGAGCUCUAUUAGUGAGCUGCUGUUGGACUCGGUAUGUUGAAGUGGAGACAUCUUAAAGUUGCAGGACACUGGCCCUCAAGAACUGGAGUUGGGAUCGCUGUGGUAGAGUUAAUAAUAAAAGCAACACAAUCGCUGGCUUGGACUAAAUUAAAUAUGAGGUUUUCUCUG